UGGAGCAAGUUCACAGGUGAACUCCGCCCUCCCGCACAGCUCAAACUCCUGUGCCUCAGACUCCUGAGUGAAGCCCGUUCUCUCCGGCAGCUGUGGGGUGCUGAGCGUCGCAUCCCAGCCUCUACUGGCCGGCUUCUGGGGAGCCCCUCGAGCGAGCUGCAGCAGCCUCAGCAGGCCCUCAAGGGGGCGCCGAUGACAUCCGUGUGAAUCCGGUCACCAAGCUGAUGGUCCCCAGCCCCAACUGUGCAAUGCUUCCGGCCAGUGGCCAUGCAGGGUCCAUACCUCCUGGCUACUUCGUCCACCCUGACACCGGGAGGGUGCUGCCUGAAGCUGGAAACCUGGGGUACGAUCUGCAGGGAGCUGCCCUGGUGCCCACCACUGACUUCGGUUCCGGUGGCGUCCGAACAUCAGAAGCUGCCAUCCUCCCCUAUGUGCCCUACCCGACCUGCCCCGCCACAGGCUCCCCUCCAACCUCCUGCCUGCCCGUCCUGCAGCCACGAAGGACGUCACAGAUGGGGGCUGUCAUGACAGACCCUGCAACUGGCAUCGAGGUGCCCGUGCUGGCUGUGACCCUGCACCCUCAGACGAGGCAGUGGCUCGCUCUUGGGGGCACAUACUGCAACCCUCUCACCAAGACCUUGGCCCCUCUAGAGCUGGGGGGCCCCAUGGAGGAUCCAGUCACUGGAGGCAUCUCGCCAAUCCUGGGAGUCGGGUUGGAUGAAGACACAGGUGUCCUGUCAGCCUCAGUGCUGUGCUCCCAGCCUCUCCUGUCCGCCCUUGGCCUCCCGUUCCCUCUGCACCCUCCGUGCUCCGGUCCAGGCUGCAAACUCCACCCCAAACCCCUCUUUCCACCCUUCCUCCUCACUCUGCUCUUACCCCACUUUCGUUCUGCAUCCCGGCUUCACUGGCCCUUCCCCAUCUCCAGCGUGGUGUCCAGGGGGGAAAGAGACCCUAGCUGGCUCUGCAGUAAAAGUAAGGGGAGGUUUUCAACAAAGAAGGGGCAUUUGCUCCUCCCACCACCUCUCUACCCCUUGGCCCUCUCCCCUUCCCCCAUCGUCUAGUCCCCCACGCCUGUCGCUUACUGUGUGCAGGCCCCAGCUCUCCUUCAUUCCUCAUAUCCCUGCAUCUCUGCUCAGACCCCCUUCUACCUCACCCUCUGGGGUUCCAGGUCAGGUGCUUGCCCUGGGCGGGCUGCGAGACGCCUCGGGGAACCUUAUGCUGCCUGGCGACAGCUUCGAGGAGCCACUGAGCAGGAAGACAGUCCGGCUCCAGGGAGCUGCGCGACAGGAGGGCCGGACAGUGCCCCACACAGGAGGAUCACAGGCCCUGCUGGAUGCCAACGUGCUGGUGGCCCAGAGGCGAGUGCUUGCUGUGCUGCGCAGCUACCAGGAGAGGCCUGGGUCAAGGAUGCAGGGGCUUCUAGAGGCUGCCAUCAAGGACAUGAGACAGGCACUGGCCUUGAGUCUGCACCAUGUCCUGCAGCAGGCUCGGAGACUGGAGCGGCAGCUGGAGACAGCAGGUGACAUCGCGGCCAGCGGAGGAAGGCUAGGUACCUGUUCACCUAGACCUAGUUCUCAGGCCCUGAAAUCCCAGGCCCAGGCUGACCCGGUGCUUGGAUACUCUCAUCUCAUUAGCUCAGGGAGAGGACUGCAGCCUCACAGGUCAGGUACACACGGGACCAAGGGAAGAGAGAAGGGAUGUGAUGACUUCAUGUCGGACCCCAUGAACACUCGGCUUGAAAUCUGCCCUCUCUCGCCAACCCUGCUGGGUCUUAACGUUAUGUUUGUAAAGUGUAUAUCCUCUCGUUAUUUCACAGGACUCCCAACACCAUGAUGUGUUAUAACACGCACUUUGCACUGAGGAGUCUGGGCGGUUCAGGGAGUUUAGUGACUUGACCAACCAGGGUCCUACAGCUAGUGAGCUGCACAGCCAGGCCUGGGUCCUUGCCUCCCCUCUCUCCCUUAUUCAACCAUAACCUCCAGCUUCCCAUCCAUAAACUCAGGAAAGGAGUCACUCCUGCCUCCACCUCCCCUCUACCUCUCCUAAUACGAGGACAAGGAUGGGAAAGGAAAGGAAGUAGGAGGGACAUCUUCCUGGAGCUUAUCUCACUCAUUCUUUCUAGAAGCUUCUGCCCAUGAUGUGACAAAAAAGAACCAGGGUGUGGGGACAGAACUGACUUGAGUUUGAAGCUCUGCCCCACCAUUUAUUAACUCUCUGACUUAGUUUGGGCAAGUUACUAAACCUCACUCUGCUUCUGUUUUAACAUCUUUAAAAUGAAAAUAAAAAUAGUAUAAACUGCAGAGUUAGUUGUACACCCAAACAAAAUGUAAUAUAUGUGGACUUCCUAGCUCAGAUUUCUGGUAUAUAGAGAGUGCUCACGAAUAUUUGUUUCCUUCUUUUAUCUUUUUAGUGUGGCCUGGAAAUUGUUCUCGGCUUCUCAAAAGUCCUGUCGUCACUCACUUUCUUCAUUCUGAAUUCAAAAUGCUAAGCUGGGCCCCAAAGGAAACAAAUGCAGUCUUUCCAGGGAAGCCUCUAUGGUCAGCGUCAGGGAUAUAGCUCUUUGAGCCUGGAACUUGACCCUCCACUCCCCUUCUCUGCCUCCUCCCCUUAUCUUAGGAAUGAUGUGCUAUCCAGGGACAGAGCUGUGGGUCCCAGCCCUCUAUGGGAUGGAGAUCCCAGACCCUGAGGGCUCGGGGCUCAUGGUGCCCAUCCUGGGCAUGGAGACUGAUAGGAAUUCUGGUGACCCCACACCCCUGGCGGGUUCAAUGGAAGAUGCGGAUGGCAAAGGUCUUGUCCCAAUCUCGAUUGGGGCUCAAGCCAUAGACCCCUUGACUGGGGAACCUGGUCCUGUCAUUGGUGCUCAGACAGAUCCCUGUUCCGGAGUGGUGGUGCCCAUUGUCCAGAUGCUGGAGGCCCUACCUCGGGGAGUGAGUGACCCCAGGCUGCUGGACGCCCUGGAGAAGGAGCUGAGAGCCCGGGAGCAGUACUGGCACCGCCGGGAGCAAGAAGAGGUGCGUCUAGCGGAACACCUGGGGCACCUGAGCCAGGAGCUCCUCUCCGUUCCGGGCAAAGAUGCCCAGCGACAGGUGAGGCCCAGAGGCGCCACUUCAUGGUCCCCACACAGACCUUUACCCAGACGACACAGGUUUCUUUUGUAAGUGUGGAGCCUUUGUCACGCCUGCUGACAGAAAACAUGGAACCCAUCGCAGGGCAGACAGAGUCCUGGGAUCCUUGGCUCCAGGCCCUAGACUCUGGUCACCCCUAAGUGUCUCAGGACAGAGGAGGAGGAGGAGAAGGAAGAAGAGGAGGAGGAGGAAGGGCCAGCAUGAGGGGGCCCAGCCCAGAGCUCCUGCCUUCCUCUCCGAGGCCCCUUUCUUUGCGCUUCCUGCCCUGUGUAGCUGAGGGCUGCCGAGGAGGCCUGUGCUGCGCUGGAGUCCUGCCACCUGCAGGAGACUCAGAGGAGAGCCAGAGCCCUGAGCAUGCAGAGUGGCCCAGAGCGGGGCCUGCUCUCUCGAGCAGACAGAGAGGAGGGGGAGCAGGAGGCACAGGUGGCACUAGGCAUGCAGAGAGUCCUGCAGAGUUUAGGACACGCAGCAGAGAAGCUGGGGCAAGCGGUGGGCCGGCUGCGGGGCCAGGAGGAGGAGACGUGGCUACAGCAGAGUAGGGGUCAGAGCCCCCAGAUCUGGAACCGUCUCAGGAAGGUGGCUCAGCAUCUCUCUGAUGAGUUUCAGGAGGUGGUAAGGGAGAGACAGAGCUUUCUCGAUCGAGCCCUCGGUCACUUACAGUACCAACGGGAGCUUAGCCGCCUCCACCUCUUGCACACCCAGAUUGUUGCCUCAGGAGCCCCUGCGUGUUUGGAGAAUUACCCUGGAGACAGAUUCUAUGGAACAGUCACGGCUUCUCUAAGGGACCAGGCUGCUGCCUGCCCACUCUUGAUCCCCUUCCUGAAGAGCCUCACUGCAGCGCUAGUGGGAGCUCAAGGUUAUGGUCCAGGACCAGAGGAUCAGGGGCCAGGAACAGAUACAGAUAAAGUUGACAUCGCGUGGACCUCACCAGUCUUUUCUACCCUGAAGAAAGUAGACAUCUGGUCCCAAGCCCUCAAGGAGGAAGCUGAACUACAAGCACAACUGCAUCACCAACAAGCCUCAGAAAACUGUUUGCAGGAUGUCCCGAAACCUCAGACAAUGCUGAAGGAAGAGCUUAUCGCUGUGCAAGCCACAGACCUUUCUGCCAGGGAGUUUGUGGUUUACCAGUAUGGCCUCUCCAUCCUGGACCUCCUCACCCCCCAGCUUCAGGCUCCUGAAAUCACCCUGCGGAUUGCUUCUCAUCUGCCUGCCAUGGAAGCCUCAGACAAUGCCUUCGAAGGCUCCUUCUUCUUUCAGGGCUUGCAGGCUUAUUUCAGGGAAGCAUUCUCUAUGGCGCUGCAAAUGUCAGCGGUUUCCUGGGACGGUAAGCUUGACCGAAGCAUAAGUGCUAUUCUGCUGGAAGAGCAGCCCGUCUCUGAGAGAGGAAGAGAUCUUCUCUCGAAACUCAUUGAAAGGAAGUGUGAGUCUCACUUGGAGCCAGAGUCGUCAGAAGAGUAUAUUAAGAAAAACAAGGAUCUUCUCCUCUUCACCAAUAUGGAACAUCUUCUAAAAAGCCUCAUUGCUGCUGAAAAACAGAUACCAAGAAAACGGAGAGAUCAGAGUGAGGACGAGGAUGAGGUGAGAUGGCCUUAUGAUCUGCAGCAUUAAGACUGCUUUGCUCUACAUCUUGAAACACUUCAUCAUGUGUUUGGAGCCAUAUUUGUAAGUGAAAAAGUCAGCAGAAUGAAGGAUUGGAAAUUAAUGGUGGUAUGAAAAGCUACCUGAUCAAUCACCCUAUUGAAGAGUUUUCCCAGUACCGGGAGAUGGUAGAUCUUAGAUCUCAGUUAGAAAGGAGCCAAAAGAUUUCACCCUUUGCCUUCAGGUGGGUAAAGCCCUGAAGUGGGAACCGAGACGCAGACUUUCCCUGUUCACCCAGCUGGACGAGAACAGGAAGUAACUAGAACUGGGUCCAUUACCCUCCCAUUCAGGGGUUCUCUUGUUAUACCUUAUGAUACCUGCUGCUCUUGUAUAAAAGGUGUUUGAUCAUAAGCAUGUAAAAUCUUAUAUCUUUAAAAACCAACAACUAUUUUGGCUCCAAAUGACCAACACCAACAUUUCACUAAUACUUCGCUAACACAACACUAAUAUCCAUAAGGUAUAUGGAUAAUUAGCAAAGAGAAAAGCCCCAAACAUCUUCAUUUUUUCGUGCAGCGUGGUGACCUUAUGUGUCAAGAUUGAGAUCAGAAACUAGCAAGGUGGAAAAAUAACUGAACACUGACUCCAGUCCUGGGCCCCAGUCUACUUUAUUUAAAGUUAUCACCCAUGUCUUGGGUAAAAACUACCUUUAAAACUAUAUUAAAAUAUAACACGGCUUUUAAAAGUGCAUAUAUCAUAAACCCACUCCUCAUGAAUUGUCCAAAGUGAACAUUUCUGUAUUAGCAGCAUCCACAUCAAGAAAGAGAACAUCACUAGUUUCUCAGAAGUGUCCCCCAUGUCCCUUCCUUCCAGUCAUCUGCCCCCCAGGAAUUACCACUAUCCUGACUUCAGACACCAUAAACUGUUUUUUGCUUAUUCAUGAACGUCACAUAAAUAGAAUCAUAAAAUAUGGAUUACUUUUGCUCAAUAUCAUGUUUGUGAGGCUUAUCCAUAUUGUUGCAUGUAGCUGUCGUUUGUUGAUUCUCUUUGCUAUAAGACCCCCAUUGUAUGGAUUUGUCAAAAUUUACUCUUUCCGAUACUCAUGUGCCUGUAGGUAUUUUCCAGUUUGGGGUUAUUACAGAUAGUCUUAUGUACCUUUUGGUGACUAUAUGUGACUAUACUGAGUCAGGUAUUACUUAGAACUAGAAAUUCUAGGUCUUAGGGUGUGGAUAUGUUUGUCUUUAGUAGAAACUUACAACUGGAUGUCCAAAGUGAUUGUCUAAAUAUAUACUGCCAGCAGAAGAUUAUCAGCACUUAGUUUUUUCCAUCUUUUUUAUUUUAUGCAUUCUUGCAUCCUUCUGGGUAUGUGGUAUUUUUGUUUUUGUUUUGUUUUGUUUUGUUUUUAGAGAGAAA